AUGGUGCCUGAAGAAGAGCCUCAAGACCGAGAGAAAGCACUCUGGUGGUUCCAGUUGAAGGUCUGGUCCGUGGUGGUCGUAUCCAUCUUGCUCCUCAGUGUCUGUUUCACUGUGAGUUCUGUGGUGACUCACAAUUUUAUGUAUAGCAAAACUGUCAAGAGGCUGUCCAAGUUACGAGAGUAUCAACAGUAUCAUCCAAGCCUGACCUGCAUCAUGGAAGGAAAGGACAUAGAAGAUUGGAGCUGCUGCCCAACCCCUUGGACUUCAUUUCAGUCUAGUUGCUACUUUAUUUCUACCGUGAUGCAAUCUUGGACUGAGAGUCAAAAGAACUGUUCUGUGAUGGGGGCUGAUCUGCUGGUGAUCAACACCAAGGAAGAGCAGUGCUACCCUGAAGAUAUUUGUGACAGCACGUGAAAGUAUCAACCUAACACCAAGAGUGACCCCUAGUGUAAACUAUGAACUCUGGAUGAUAAUCCUGUCAGGGUAAAUUCAUCAGCUGCAAAGUGUGCAAUUCUGGUGUGUGACGUUGACAGUAGAGGCGGCAUGUGUGGGGUGUGAGGGAAG